UUACCUUUUCCGAGUUCAUCGGAAACGGAGUGCAGAAAUAGACGGAGGUGGAGGACUCCGUCUGAAGAUUCGCCGGGAAUCAAUCGGAGGCAACGAAAUGGAGAAGGCGAAGGCGUUGGCUCAGCAACAACUACAACUACAACAACAGCUGUUGCUACAACAGCAGCAACAACAACAUCCUCAACAACAGUUUCUUCUAUUGCAACAAAUCCAGCAACAACAGGCCAUCUCUCGUUUUCCAUCUAACAUUGAUGCCCAUCUACGGCCACCGUUGCGUACCAUCAGAACCCACCUACAACCACCACAAAGCCCUAACCCUAACCAUAACCAUCCACAAAUCCCCAACUCCUCAAAUUUACAACCCAAUCGGCUCCAACAUACUUCCCCCGCGAACCAGGCUGAAUUGCAGAUGGCAUAUCAGGACGCUUGGCGUGUCUGCCAUCCCGACUUCAAGCGCCCUUUCUCUUCCCUAGAAGACGCUUGUGAGAGGCUGCUACCUUACCAUGUGGUAGCAGACUAUGAAGCAGAGGAGGAUGAUAGACUCCUUGAUUCUGACACCACAGGCCAAGCGUUAUCCCGCUCUCAGCAAUGGGAUCACAACAUUGCUAACAAAGUAGCCGAAUUCACUGCGACCUUUGAGAAACAAGUUCUCGCAUUCAAUAUCAUCUCACAGAAACGGGCCAUUGGGGAGUUCAGAUCAGAAGAGAGAUUGUUGGUUGAACAGCUUCUCCUUCAGGAAGAAAGACGAACAUUGUUGGAAGCAAGGGCAGAAAUGGAAAUAAGACAAAAAGCUGGGCGAGAAGCACAAGCAGCUAGUUUGCGAAUUGCAGCAAUGGCCCAAGCAGAACAGACUCGAGCGGAGAUGAUGGCUAGGGCACCCAUAAGAGCGAGUGCAUUGGGGGCUCAUGAAGUGGGUGAGCAGGAGCAAGAAGUUGUUCCAGAUGAAAUGAUGAAUGGAUGGGGGGCACGAGAUGAAAAAGAACCAUCCGAGGAUUUCCUGAAUGAUGAAGAAAGGGAGAAUGGAGAUACAGGUACGCAAUGCGGUUGGCGUGAAGGUGGCGAAUUUGAUUUGAACACAAGGUAAGCCACUUAUAAUUCAAACUUCAAUGCCUUCAUAGGCUGUAUCUUGAAAAGGAUAUGACAAAUCAAAAGUUCUAAUUACAAAUUAAAGCAGUCUCUAUUAACAAGUGCCAAUAUUAGUUUUACUUGCCUUAGCAA